CCGCAAAUGCUGCCGCUCCUGGUGAGCGCCAGCCCGCGCCGCGUGCAGGGCGUGUCCGGGGCGCCCUCCCCCCGAGUUCCCCCGCAAAAUCCGGCCCGCGGUCGCGCGCGCGCUCCCGUCUCGCUGCUUUGGAGGAGUCUGCAGCCCCGGGCGCGCCCGCACGGCGAUUGCCGCCUCCACUCCAACCUCAUCCACUCUCACUCUGACAUUCUCUCCAGAGUCCUCGCGUCGAGCCCGUGGCGCCGGAGCGCGAGCCCCAAGCUCGGGACACAGCGGGACAUUGACGAUCUGCGAUGCCUGUGCGUGCAGGUGAUCACGCUGAGCACGGCGCCGGCGGUGGCACCCUUCCUGGUGCUCCAGAUGUCACGACCGAGCAGCUGCAGCAGAUCCUCCAGAGCGUGCAGGCCGAGCUUGAGCGGCGCGCGGCGCUGCAGCGCGGGGCGCCCGAAUCGAAGCGGAACUCGAUCUUGUGCGCCUCGGGCAAGGCGUUGCCCAGCGAGGCGGAGGUGCACGCAUGGGCGCUGCUCGUGCUGCUACAUGGCCGCGGCGCGGACGGCUCGUGGGUCGCCGUCCCGACGCUCGUCGACCAGUGGAUGAACGUCGUGCUGCUGCAGUCGAGUCGCUACAAGCAGUUGCGCGAGCGAUGGCAGCCUCCGACCGACGAUCCGGAGUGGCGUAACUUGGCUCUCGCCAAGGGCCUCGUCCCGUCCUUGCUCAGUCAAGCCGCCGCUCGGGCGGCGGAGCCGCUCGCCCACAUCACGCGCACGCUGGUGCAGCUCGAGGUCAUCGACCACGACGUCGGGCAGACCGCGCUCUCGAACUAUCUGAAGAACUGCCUCGCCAAGUCCAAGGGCAUCUCGGGCCCGUCGUACAACCCGGCCAACGGCUCCCACACGCUACACCGGCACAUCGCCGCGGCGGUGCCCGUCGCCUCGCUCCUGAAGGUGCGCGGCAAGGAGCUGCUCUCGGCGCUGCACCGCACGCGGGAGGAGCCCGAGGCGGCGCCUUCGUACACCGAGCUGCAGGCGAGCGCCGACGCGUCGGCGGCCGCCGCGCGGCGGGAGCAGCAGCGCUCCUCGCAGCUGAGGGCGCAGGUGAAGACGCUCCAGGAGGUCAGCGUCAACGCGGUGCGCAAGGAGGCGGAGCGCGAGGCGAAGGAGAAGGCGGACGCGACGGUGCAGCGCGUGCGGGCGAGCGCCGGGCAACCGCAGCAGGCGUGGCGGCUGAUGAGGCGGCGCCACAGGCGCGCGAGGCGCGCCCACGGCGCAAUGCACGUUGACUCUGCGGCACACACAUGCAGUGGAUAGCGAACACAUAGGGUGAUGCGAUACGGCGGUAGAUGGCCGAGGAUGCAGACGGACCGUGGUAUGUGUGUUGUGUACUUUAUAUGCUCAUAUUC